AUGUCCAACAGAUUGAAGGGGCCGGCCUACAUCUCCGCGCGGGCUGGACCCGCGAGUGAGCAAAGUGGAAAUCCGAAAACUGCGAUCAGUGAUGGUAUCGACGAUCAGGAACCAUCGCAAGUCGAUAAAUACCGCGGUGAGCUGAAACAGCCUAUAGCAACCAUACCAGCCAUACCAACCAAGUAUCACGGCAUGAUAUACGAGCUGUAUGAGGCAAUCCAGCAGGCGGAUAGGGCUCGCGAACAGGAAUUGUUCAGCCAGAUUCCAGAUGGCAAAACUGCCCAGCAAGUCCGCGUAUUCCUUUAUGGGAUGUUAGCGAAUGCAAGAUUGGCUGAAAUGAAUGAUGAGAUUGCUGGUCGCUCAACCAAUUCUCUCUCCGGAAUAGAAAUGGAAAUGGAAGGUGAUUUACCAAGGGCUCGGCCAAGGGUUUUGGAUAUUCAAUAUUUGUGUGAAGUUGCUCCAGUGAGGGUUCCUGCAAGGCCGUGGACUACCGUAACUGAUAGCGAUGACCUUGUUUCUCAUUUGGUAUCCCUUUACCUCACUUGGGGCUACCCGUUCUACGCGUUCUUCUGCGUGGACACAUUUGUGAAACACAUGCAAAUCGGGCAUCUUCAGUCGGACUUCUGUAGUCCCUUCUUAGUGAAUGCCCUUCUCGCCAACGCAUGUUUCUACUCAGACUAUACGGAGGCGUAUAGUCUACCUGGGGACGUGAAAAGGAAGGGUGCCCAUUUUCUGGCCGAAGCAGAAUCAUACCUGAAAUCGCACCAAACUGAUGGGAGAGGGGAUAUACGACUAGCCUCCUUACAGGCAUCACUUCUGCUAUAUGAAAGAUACUCGCUGUCAGGCUACGACAACUAUGGAUACACAAUGCUUCAUCGAGCGAUAGGGAUGGCAGAAUCAAUUGGCAUAGUGAACAGUACUAGGAUGCUAAAUUUGGGAGCACCACACCUUACUAUUGAUAUGAAACGCUCUCUACAGAGAACCGCGUGGGGGCUGUUCCAAAUCGAUACGAUUGUCCACAUGAAUUUCCUGAAACGGAGUCAGAUCAAGAUCGUAAACCUCGAUCGAAUCUCCCGUGAUGAGACUCUUCCACAGGAAGUGUGGACGCCUUAUCCGAAAAAGGGCAACCGUCGUCAGUCUCACAUGAGUCAGUACUUUGACGAAGCUUGCAGGCUCUCUUUUAUAGCAAGAGACGCCUCUUGGAACAUUUUGCGAACCGAUGAUGGAAGCAUAAAGCGAGAGCUUUACAGGCGGCUAUGCGAGUGGGAAGAUGCCCUGCCCUCUACCUUGAAGCAGAUAGAGGAUCCAGCGCCGUACAUUCUCAUACUCAGGUUUGUGUUUUCCCUUCUUUUUAAGUCUAUCGACUGCGACGGCACUUACCAUAUUGACGAUGCAUCGUGGAACAGAAUGCGCUACCACACUCUGAUAAUAAAUCUAUGCUACCAUGACCUCGAAAGUGACAUGCUCACGGGAACAACCGAUUUGGACCUAACUAGCUCAGAUGGCGAUUUCAAUCCCCAAAAAAUCGCCGUUUGCUCUGCACGAGAAAUAGCGUCUUUGAUCCGAAAAUUCGGAACAGAUUACGGGCUGGAAUAUAGCCAUCAGUUUGCGAUGUACGCUAUUAACGUCUCAUUGUUCUGCUUGCUGGCGCAGAAAGACUUUGAUAUCCGGGAUCCCGAUUUUUUAAGUUUGACCGAAGGAUUCUCGAUUGUUGCAUGUCGAUCACAGGUGGGAAGGCAUUUGUUCCGAGCUUUUAAAAUAACCAUUCGCUCCCGAAGUCAAGCUGGAUUGAUUAAGAGCCCGAGUGAUGUUUCCCCCGGCAUUAGGGAGCUUUUGGGUGCACGAAAAGAUUACAUUGAGCUUGACAAGUGGGAUCAUAAUGCAGAAUGUUUGGCUGAAGUGGAAGGGGAAAGAAGCUUCAUCAGAGAUAUUGGGGUUGAUCCUACGGUGCCCGGACUCCACCAGAUGCUUAAGUGGUACGAACAUCUGAGCCUGGGCGAGGAAACGCAAUGGAGGAAGAAUCAUGCGUCUGCAUUUUGA